UUGCAUCAAAUUCUAUCUAAUAGAGAAAUCGGCAAUUUUGGCUACAAAAGCUCUUUGAUGAUUCAUAUUACGUAACCUUUCAUAAAAAUAAAAAAAGUGACGACAAUACUAAAGCGGAAAUAAUACAAAUUGCAAAGUAAAUAUUUGUUACCGCCACCGCGUGGACAAACCUAAAUCGACAAAAAAAAAGAAGAAGGAUCAGCCGCUCUCGUACCAGGAGAGACGAUGGUGGCCGUUCCAGAGGACAGGGAGAAGACCAAUCCGAGGAAACGAUAUAGGAUAGUGAAUGGAUCCGCGGGUUCCUUACUUCGAAUUCGAAGAGUACCACGCUAUGGUGGAAAUGAAUAUAUCUGUAACGAUGAGUCUUCUCCUUGUCCUGCCUUAGUUAUCCUUUAUGCUAGGCUCGGCCUUCAUCGUUACAAUUUGCUCCAGGGGAAAAACUUAGAGCUCAGUAGCGUAAAGAAAUACAACAAGUCCACGCAUUCUGCUGCUUCCUCUUACCACAUUACUUUGGACGCCAUCGCUCUUCAUCCUUUUGAGACUAAAGUUUAUGAAAUAUCCUAUGGCAAAUUAGCUUUGUCCUGCCCAAUUGCUAGACCUCUAGGGGAAACCACCAUUGAUGAAAUCAAGAGAUGCAGCAGCAGCUUGUACAAAAACUUCUCCCCCAUAGAUGCCAUGCCUGAGUGGCCCCCAGAGAAUCCUUUUGAACAUUCAAAGCUGCUGAACAGUUAUGAGCUGCAAGACAAUGACUGGAUUCGUCUCUACUUGGAACUUGCAGUUGCCACGACUAAUAGGGGCACCAUUACAGAUCAUAAUGAUCUGUCCAACUUGAAGAUUAUCCAAGUGGCUAUAGAUACUACUCCCCAAAAUGUGGAUUUGGUAUUAAACCGCACAAAUUUUGCAAUUGUCUACAUACGGUACAAGGACUCGUGUGAGGCUCGAGUUGGUAAGGAUGUUGAUCGCGUAGCUAUAGUCAGAAGAGCUUUCCAUGAGCAGCUGGGAUGCUUCAGUCUUGUGGGCAAGACUCUGAGUUUACCAAAAGAGUGAGCAACAUUUGCUUAGCCUUAUGUCUCAAACGGCAGCUGUUAUCUAGUCCUAGGCGGUUUAAGGCAUAGAAAUACAGUGGGGGUAGCUUCUCACAAGGCAAGAUCCACAUUCGAAUAUGUGGAUUAGUUUGUACAUAUAAAACCAAUAAGUUAUUUGGUGCCUUUGGAAUGUUUUAUCUUUUUCUUAUUUUUUUACGUUUGAGUUGUAUUUGGAUUGUUUCUUUUGUGUGGGUUUAGGUUGUGCUUGAAUAAUUUAACAUAGGUUUGUAGUUUUCCUUUU